UCAGUCGACAACGGUGGUGAUAAGAUCGGAGGAUACUUCGUUGCGCUCACGCAGACAUGGUGGUGAACUUCAAGGUAUUCAAAAAAUGCUCGCCAAACGGCAAAAUUUCAUUGUACCUGGGCAAACGAGACUACAUCGACUAUCUAUCCGGAAUCGAGCCAGUAGACGGCGUAAUUCUUCUGGACCAAAACUACGUGGACACCGGUAGGAAAAUAUGGGGACAGCUGGUGUGCAGCUUUCGCUACGGUCGGGAAGAGGACGAGGUGAUGGGCUUGAACUUCCAAAAGGAUCUGUAUCUGGUCUCGGAACAGUUGUUCCCAACGACCAAGAAAACGGAGGAUAGCCUGACCAGGCUACAGGAACGACUGCUCCGAAAACUAGGACCAAACGCAAUUCCGUUUACCUUCAAGUUCCCCCAGACGGCUCCGUCUAGCGUAAUUCUGCAAUCAGGAGAAGAUGAAACAGGUGAACCUUGUGGAGUGACAUACUAUGUGAAGAUCUACUCUGGGGACACGGAGACCGAUAUUACUCAUAAGAGAAGCACGAUAACUAUGGGCAUCAGGAAGAUUCAGUACGCACCGACGAAACAAGGUCGACAGCCUUGCACCGUGGUACGAAAGGAUUUCUUACUCAGCCCUGGCGAUCUAGAACUCGAGGUGACCCUGGACAAACAGCUGUACCAUCACGGAGAGAGAAUAGCCGUGAACGUAUGUGUGAGGAACAACAGCAACAAGGUGGUGAAGAAGAUCAAAGCGCUGGUACAGCAGGGUAUCGACGUGGUGAUUUUCCAAAAUGGCCAGUUCAGGACGGUGAUUGACGCGAUAGAGACGCAGGACGGCUGUCCCAUUAGCCCUGGCUCCAAUUUAACCAAAGUUCUAUAUCUGAAACCAGAAUUGGAGAACAACAAGCAUCGUAGAGGCAUCGCUUUGGAUGGAGGGUUGAAGAAGGAAGAAAGCGAACUUGCAUCAAGCACUUUGCUCGUUUCACCCGAUGUCCGUGAUUCCUUUGGCAUUGUAGUUUCUUACGCUGUCAAGGUGAAGCUGUAUUUAGGUGCACUGAGCGGAGAGCUCUCCGCGGAGCUGCCGUUCAUUCUGAUGCGACCGAAGCCCGUGGACCGGAUCAAGGUGGUAAAUGCGGACAACUUGGAGGUGGAGGACACUACGGAGGAGAAGGUGAAGCCGAUCAGCAGUUAGAAAAACGAUACACGUGACCGAGGAGCAGUGGGUGCAUCAGACACUCGCUGGCCAACGUUCAACCAGAGAAUCUCAACUUGCACGGUGGAACCACUUAAUCCUGAGAUACUAACAUGUUCUGUUCUUUGUAUUGUUUUAUCAAAUAUCAGAAUUCAAUUGUUUCUAUAGUCUGAUGUCGUAUUUAGAGGCUCGAGAGGUUUCCAGACGGUACUAAUUACCGUCAUUGAAAGCAAUAAGUUAUCAUAUAUAAUUGAACUAGAGAUCAGGGACGGAGUAUAUUCGAGGCACGACGAGGCUUUCUUUUUUUUUUUUUUUUUUUUUGGGG